UGUUUUAUUUCCAGUACAUGAAGAAGAUGCAGGAAGGUGAUGAUGAUGAUGGCUGCUGACAGCAGUGACGGUGCGGCUUCUUGUGCUUGUAAAGGCAUCCGACGGUGUCUCAUAUGUGAAAGCUUUAAGGGAAAAGUACAGCUGGAUGCGACAGAAUCAAAGAUUGUGCAUCAUUUUGUCUACAAUCCUGAAUUGAGGCUUGCUGUCUCCGAAGAUGGUUCUUCUGACUCCUUCCCCUUCCCUGGUGUCUUCCUGUGGGAGGACUUCAUAUCAGAGAAGGAGGAGAAGGAGCUGAUCAACACAAUGGACCAGGACCAGUGGAAUCAGUCCCAGUCUGGUCGAAGGAAACAGGACUUUGGGCCUAAAGUGAACUUCAAGAAAAGGAAAGUACGUGUCAGCACCUUCAGUGGACUUCCUGCUUCGAGCCAGAAGCUUGUCCUCCGGAUGCAGCAGGAGCCGACCCUCACAGGCUUCCAGCCGGUGGAGCAGUGCAACCUGGACUAUGAUCCUGAGCGGGGCUCGGCCAUCGACCCGCACCUGGACGACUCGUGGCUGUGGGGGGAGCGGCUGGUCACCGUCAACAUGCUGUCCAACACCACGCUCACCAUGUCUCUGGAGGACGUCCACGUAGCGGUACGCCUUCCUCGCAGGAGUCUGGUGGUGAUACACGGAGAAGCGCGGCACCAAUGGAAACACGCCAUCCACAGGGAGGACGUUCACCAACGCAGAGUGUGCAGCACCUACAGGGAGCUUUCUGAAGAGUUCCUCCCUGGAGGACAGCAGGCGGAAAUCGGAGCUCAGCUGCUGGAUAUUGCUCUGAGCUUCAGAGGAAGUCCAGUAUAAUCAAACAAGAGCUGGGAGUCUAGAUGACCUGGACAUGUCUUGAACUGUGAAGAAGUGUCUGUUGGAGGACUGAAGGCUUCUGUGCUGGAACUGCAUCGCCUCCUCAGGAUGUGUGUGCAACGAUAAGUCAGAAAUCUGCUCCUUAAGUAGCACUGUGAGGUUCUGUAUUGUCCUAAAUUACAUCAAACUGCAGUUAUGUAUUAAAUAAUAGACGGGUGCGCUGUGAAGCAAGAGUAACAGCUUCAUGAGGCAUUUAAAGUUUUCAGCGUUACAAAUGUGCCUCAACCUGCCAGAUUUCUAAGGUGAUUUAUGCUGUGGAGCUAGAUCUCCAUGGUAACUGAUGCUGCCCAGCUAACCAGAGAAGCCAUUUCACCACAUUCAGGCUUUCUUUGUGUGACUCGACUCGAUAAAAACUAAAACCUCAGUCAGAGUUAACGGGUACCGUUAAGGUUUUUAUCAACUUUCUCUGUCAAGUCAGAAUUUCUGCUUCAUGUAAAAAGAAGCGUUUAACUCAUCAUGUGACUCUUCUUCUGCACAAAAUGAAUGAUGGUGUUCAGCUGCUUCAAUCUACAGGUUGUUUUAAUGGAGAACAAUAAGGAAACUAAAAAUUAUGUUGGUAAAAAUCUGCUACUGCAAAUGAUGCAAGACAGGAAUGCUGGUGGAAAACUGCUAAAUGUGUUUUUAAUUUUUACUGACCAAUGCAGCUGAUUAUUUCUAACAAACAGCUGCACAAUAAAACUUUAAACUUCAUAUAUUCAAACAUGACAUUAUAUUGACGUGCAUGGUGGGCUGAUACAGUUAAAUAUGCUUACGGAAAAAACAUUUUCUUUUAGUUGAGAAUCUGUAUCGUUCGUAAAUAAUUGUCAGAAAACGAUUUAGUUAAGGGAGACGCUUCCUACAGCCAAUUUAAAUCAGAAACUCUGUCUGAACACAACCUGCUCCACAGCAUCAGUUACCAUGGAGACCUACCAGGUUAAACCUUCAUGGUACUAAAAACUUUCAGGUCAAUUUACCUCCUAGCCUGCUAAUCUCGUUUCAUAAUCCAGAACUCUGAUUUUAAGUUUGAUUUUUCUGUUUUACUGCAGACAGAUUAUAGAACUGAUUGGCUUGGUAUUUUGCACAGAGAAUAUUCAAUCAGUAACAAUUUUACUUUGAUUUAUAACAAAAACUAAAGUGAUUUCCACUCAUUUCUCAUUAUGGGACAGUGUCAGACCUGCUAGCAAAUGCGGUUCUUCAGUGUUAUGUUUAAAUGUAUGAAGUUUCAAGUAUAAGAACUCUAAUCUGUCACAUUAGUGUGCAGCAUAAAUAAAUUCCCCUACACGAUCAGCUCUUUCCUUGCAUCAUUUACAGCAGCAUAUGUAACAGUCAAACAUAUUUCAUUAUAGUCAACUUUUAAUAUUCUACAGUGUAUAAGAUCAGAUAUGGGGUCUUGUUGCUCCAGAGUAGAAAAUACAUUUUCCUAGAGUGUAAAACAACUCAUUUGACCAACAAAAAUGAGAGUCUGAAUUAUGUUUCUUCCUAUUUUCUUAGUGAAUUUCCAGCUCUAUGUAUAUUCUGCAAAAGCAAACAUAAACCUACAUCUUUGUGAGUUCCCAAACAGCAGCGAGUGAAAAAUAAAGCUGUCAGAAAAUAUGAAGUGCUGUUAGUAUGAAUGCUGGAUUCAUAUAAUGUCACAUUCUGUUUGUGAUUCUCCCUCUGGUCUCUCAAUCAGGUGGAAGGCUUUAAUAUUCUUCAUAGCUUUAUUCUAUAACAACCUGUUCCUCUUUGCUGAAGCAGCUGGCGUACAUCGAUCCAGUUAGUGCAGUAGAAAAGUUUUUUAAAAAAUGCAUUUAAUAAAACAUUUAAGAAUACGAAGGCCUGGUUAACAAAUAAAGUCGCAGCAGAAACAGAAAGAAAGCAUAAAAAUAUGUCAAACCUGCUCCAUAGUUCCCUCCUCACUCAUGUUAGCGUUUAGCAUUAGCAUAUUAACAUCGGUGCUCUUUGGGAUUUCUUCAUUCUUUGGACCUGUGAUAAAGAGGUGAAGUUUGUUUAGCCAAAAGAUAUCCCCUUAUCUGGUGUUUUCAUAACAGCGAUGGUCCUAAGGUCGCUGGUUUAUUAACACAGGAGAAUAAAUCUGUCUUUGAUUGGAGUUUAAUCUCUCUGACAACUGGUGAAUGUGAUUUCAAAUACUUUUUAAAAUUCUGAUUAAACCAUUGAGUCCACCUGAAUAAUUCAGAAUCGUACCUUUAAACUGCACUGUGUUUCUGUCUGAAGAGUUUAUUAUUAUUGUGCAAAAUCCUCAACAAAACUGUGAAUGGAAACAUAAAUAUCUAUCAAGUAGAAUUGUAUGAAUUUUGUGAUUAAAGUUUUCUGUUUUUUAAAUUUCUGACCCGGUGUGUCUUAUAAAUGCUCAUAUUAUUAUUGAUAAUAACAAAGAUAUGAAUGUGACGCCCAUAAAGAUGUCAUUUAUUUAUAUGUUUUUAACAACAAUAUGAUGGUGAUUAGUCUUUUAAACUAAUUAUUAAAAAACUACAAAACUACAUUUGGACAUCUGGAACACAUUACCAAAUAACAUUAACAGGAAAGCAGACUUAAAAACCUUUACAGCAAAAGUGAAGCAUUGGCUGAAAGAAAACCAAGAAUGACCCCACCUGUGAAAUCCACAAGGUCUGACUGAUUGUGUCAUUGUGUGGGUGGGUGUGGGUGGGUGGGGGUUACAGGUUUUUAAUGUUGUUUGUGCUGUUUUUAUUUGUGCUGUUGGUCCUUUGACCCCUUUUACUUAAAAGCCCAACCAGGGGCGGGAGUUGUAAAUUAGCUCUAUGCUACACACUCUGUAUGUAAUGCAGCGGUUCUAUGUGUCCCAUGAUAAUUGCAUGGUCCCUGAUUAAAUAAAUGAAUAAAAUAAAAAAGCCUAAAAAACA